UUAACAUGAUUUUUGAAGUCAUUUGAAUUGAAGUGACUGAUACAGCACUUCCCAACGAAAUGAGGGCUCUUUGGCGACCUCGGACUUUCGUUUUUGCGUAUUUUUUCUGCUCAACUGCUGGGAUACUUUGGUUGGUUCUUAAUUAUAAUUCGUUAUGUUCUCAAAUGGGGAGCAGUGGUGGAAACCACAAGCAUCCAUACCUCAUGCAUGCCAUUAAUCAGGACUACAAAGAAAAACAGACAUUCCUUCAUGAUACCGAGCAACAACUCAAAGAAGACAGGAAAAAUCUACAAGGUCUUGCCGUCCGUCUCCGUCAACAGUAUCCCGAUGCCGUGGGAGAAAUCACAGACAGUAUCAACCCCAGAAAUAAGAGCCUACCUACGAUCUAUGCCGUUACACCCACCCAUACAAGACCUGUACAGAAAGCGGAGUUGACCAGGAUAGCACAGUCGUUCCUCCAUGUGAGAAAUUUCCACUGGAUCGUUGUGGAAGAUGCAAACAGAAAAUCCAGUCUCGUUAUCAACUUUUUGAAAAACAGCGGCAUGAAGUACACACAUUUGAAUUUCAAGACGCCGGAACAGUACAAGUUGGGUAAGAAUGACCCCAACUGGCUGAAGCCUAGAGGUGUCGAACAAAGGAAUACUGCCAUCGAGUGGUUAUUAAAGAAUGUGGACGCUACUAAGAAUCCUGGGGUUGUUUAUUUUGCUGACGACGAUAACACCUAUGGUCUUCAAAUAUUUGAUGAGAUGAGAGACACUCAAAAAGUCUCCAUGUGGCCAGUGGGUCUUGUAGGAGGACAGAUGUAUGAAAGCCCGAGAGUAGAUAAGAAAACAGGGCAAAUAAUUGGCUUUAAUGUGGGCUGGGAACCUGCACGACCCUAUCCUAUGGACAUGGCAGGAUUCGCCAUAAAUCUCAAGUUAUUGCAGGAGAAACCAUUUGCAAAGUUUGACUUGAAAGCAAAACGAGGAUACUUGGAGUCUUCUCUGCUGGUGAAUUUGAUCAAAAUUGAGGAUUUGGAACCAAAAGCUGAUAUGUGUACAAAAAUUUAUGUUUGGCACACCAGGACAGAGAAACCUAAACUGAAGUACGAUGUAAAGGAGACAGAUAUACGUAUAGAAGUAUAAACAUUCCACUUUGAAGAAUGGAAACAAUGGACUUGUUUAUCAUAAUGUACCAAGUUGUAAUGAUUUGCUAUCAAGGUUGACAUGUACGAAUUUACUUUUUGGAUUACAUCAUGCAUUGAUCUCAUUGAGUUUUCAUGACUCACUCUGCAGUCAUGAUAUUUGAUAAUGCAGUCGAGUAUAUACUCCCGAGUGAUGCAGUCAAAGACCUUUUCAUUGGGCACUGUUUAGUACUAUGGUGACUGACCAAGUAUACUGAAGUUAAAGUUCUUGGGCCAUUGAGUACAAGUGACUGAGUACCGAGCAUCUCUUGUACCUGAGCACCGAGUCCAACAGGCAGGGGUACUUGUUUAGAGAAAUACUGCAAAAUAAUGUAUUAACAUGUUUCUUAUUUUUAUAACCAUUUUGUGACUAUGUAUACUUGUUCAACAAACUUGCCAAUAAAUACAUUAAAGAUUAAUUUAUUUUUGAAGUUUUUCAGUGCCUUUUUUCUCUACUACAAUAAAAACCCAUAACUGGAAUACAGCACAUACUGAUUUUCUGUGUCACUUAAGUUCUAGGGAAGUAUGAACCCGCCUCAAAAAAAGAACGCUUAAAUUUCACAACACUAUUACAGUAAUAUAAGGGUCAGUUAGACAAAUUUGAAUUGUUGUAAACUAACUGUUUUAUUGCUCUGUUCUCAUCAAAUUAACAAACACUGAAGUGUCUGUGCCAAAAAAAAGUGGUUUAUUUUUGUUUACAAACUUUUUGCGUUAGUGUUUUCAAAUUUUAUUUAUCACACCCAAAAUCUCUACCAACAUUGGCUUCUUGUUUUCUGUUAAAAGUAGCAAACCCUAGCAUCUGUAGCUAACUAUUGUUAUUUAGCAUUUGAGAAAGACUCUGCUAGGAUCGAAAGGUCGCGCCAUUAACUAUUUUUUGCAUUUAUAUUUCCUUUUGGUUGGUAAGCAGUUUGCAACAGCUAAUUGUAUUUACUCAAUAUAAAAUAUGGCAUGGGCGCCAUUUCGAUUAUAAGCAAGUUUUUUGUUACAGUAUUGAUGGUUGUUGUCUGCACUUAUCUAUUGUUGCAUCCAAAGAGUUGCAUACUAAAAUGGCAUCCAGUGCAUACCUCACUUUUCAGCCCGAGUUGCCCAUCUGCAAAUGCUAGCAAUCUUGAGAUUUCUAGAGGUGCUAAUGUCUUUAACUUGCUCAGGCAUGUUUAACUGGUGCUAACCACGAGCCUCUCAGGUCCACAUAUGCAACGUUUUAAACUAUACUAGUCUCAGAAGUUGUAAAAGUUUGCAAUACAGAGGAAAAUCAUUUUAUACAUACAUGUGAACAGCUUGUUAAUCUACAUUAUUUUAUUUAUUUUUUGGAGUACAUUGUCAACGGACACUAAAACUAUUGCAAAAGUAGACUUACUAAUGUUUGGCAAGCAGUACAAAAAAUGAUCCGGACAAAUGUAUCAGAGUUUCCAAUAUGGAUUAUAUUUUAUAUUUCAACAACUUUUUCUGUGAGUAACAUUUCAAUAAAAACGUAUAUUUUCAACAAAUCAUUUAUAUACCUGCCUUCCAGAAUAGUACUUGCCUAUCAUCUUAAAACUUUUUUUUUUAUUUUAUUUUUUUCAGGAUGAUUUUAAGAAAGAACAGGGAUGACAAUUCUGCUUAGAAUAUUUCAGAAAAUUUACAAUGAUUGAAACAAUGUGACAUAAAAGAGCAUGAAUCAACUGCUUUCAAGGCGUUGUUUUCCUUGGUUGAAGGCAAGGUGCAAAAUUGGAAAAUGCCCUUUACCUUUUGCUACAGACCCUCCUAAACUCUCUUCACCUGUAACUUGUCACCAAAAUAUUGUAACUUUGAUAAGGGUGGUAUUUCUGCCAAGUGAUAAGCAAAAUACCGUAUGCACGUGACUAUAGAUUUGAGUAGGGCGCCCUCGCUUGCAGGUAAAACAAGGAGGUUGUGCAAUAGCAGGCAUAAUUAUGUUUGGUCAGAGGGAAAAUGUUGGAACAUUUCUUUUCAAGUACAAGGGCUGACCUACAAGUACACAUGUAGGCUGCUAUUGUGUUGUCAAGCCUUAUUACUGAAAAUGUGUCUGAUUUUUCAAAAGGGCAAAACAAAACAAACUAUUAAAAGUAGGAAGAAUAUCAGGCCUUUAUUUGGCCAAUCCUCUACCUGUAUGGAAUACUAACAAAUCUGUGCAUUUCCAUUGUUUCAUCGUGAUUUUAACUCUCCAAUGGUGGUGUGAUGAUAUCAAUGCAAUAAGUCUGAUUGUUAUUUAGGCCUACAGUCACAAAUCCCACUAAUAAAAAAAAAACUUCUUGGAAUAGGAAUUGUGAACGAAAGUUUUUAAUGUCUACCGAGUCCGACAUUCAAGAGCCACAGUACUUUAUUUUGUACAAUAAAACAUAACAUUCUGUAACCAAAAUGCACCUUUGUCUUUCUAUGAUUUUACCCAAAAAAUCAAAUUUUUGUGGUAGUGCUCCACAAACCGGAGGAUUUAAAUGACUGCACAUUCCCCUAACACUCCACAUUUACUGGAGGCACUUUUUGUAAAACUCUGUUGAGCCAUUAUCAGUUGAUCUCGAUUCAACCGAAAAUAUUUAAACUAAAUACUGCUUCGCAUAAACAAUUUCCAUACCCUUGAUCCAUAGUAAUUAGAAAUCGGCAAUGUUUAAGACAUACUUGGCGUCUAUGUUUGGCAUCAUUAAGUGGCAAAAGAAAAUUACUAAAAGAAUUGACAUGAAGUAAGGCACUUUUUAAGAUUUUGAAACCUGGGCCAAACUUUCAUCAUAGGGCCUUUCGACGCUUUAAAUGUUUGGACCUAAUUAUUUCAACUUUCUAGCCUCGUCCAGGGAGAUAAAAAAGACCAGUAGAUCCAUCUCAUAAAACACAAUUUAUUAGUAGUCAAGAAAUGUGCAUGUACAUUAAAUGUACAGCAAGUUGAACAUGAUAGCUCUUUUGGAAUUAAGUUUGCUAAGCAAGAAUUUUAGAAAAGAGUGGAGUACAAAGUCCCAUCAGUUUAAAGGUAUAUUAGCUGGUAGUCUUAAAUCUGCUAAGCAAAAUGUUUCUGUGCUCGGCAUGUUUUUCUUACAGAAUUUGGCCCAGAUUAAAACACUGUAGCAGAGUACACUUUUUAUAAAAGCUUUUAUAAAAGUGUAAUAACUAUGCAGAAAACAUAAUCCAGAAAUCCAUUUUUGUUUUUAUGUGAACUUUUGUGCUUCAGUGCAGUAGAACAAAAUUAGUUACUAAAUAUAUGUUUUCAUUAGCAGGUAUGAAAAUUUGUAAGGAUGUGUGCUUGUUCAUUAAGGAUUUAUGUUGGUUAUGAAUCACGGCUUGCAAAACCUUGUCCUUUCAGACAAGAUAAACACUAGCAUUAAUAAUAAUGUGCUAAUGAUAAACGACACAGUCAAUUUUAAUCUGUAACUGGACUCGUAAUAAUAUUUGACGGUGCGGUCUUGAUGCUUGUGCCCUUAAGCAAGUCACUUAACUGUUAUACUUUUGUUCUUUGGAUGGAUUGUAAAGCUGUUGGUGUGUAAUGCUCGUACAAGAACACGGUAAACUUAUCAACCCUGCGUUUUUUUCUUGUAAAAGUUGUUUGCAGAUUGCGCCUUAGCACCUCGUAAGUGUUAGCAUGGUGCUAUGACAUAAAUAAGUCUUAUAUUUCAAACAUAGUUCUGCAUAUCUUUUAGAAAAAUAAUGAUCACUUUGAGACACCCUCGGGUGUGAUAAAUCACUAUAACAAAAACUGCGCAUUGCUACUAUUAUUACAAAGUGCAUCUUUAAAGGCAGUGGACACUAUUGGUAAUUACUCAAAAUAAUUAUUAUAAAACCUUUCUUGGUUACGAGU